GCAGAUCUGGCGGUUGCUGUUUUCUGUGUUAAACCGGACACAUCGAUUUUGUUUCUGUUCCUGGGGGCAGCGACGACUGGGCGUUGGCGACCAGACCGGUGCCAUGAUCCACGAACUGCUUCUGGCCCUUAGUGGAUACCCAGGCAGCAUCUUCAGCUGGAAUAAGCGCAGCGGCCUGCAGGUAUCUCAGGAUCUGCCUUUUCUUCAUCCAAGUGAGACCAGUGUCUUAAAUCGAUUGUGCAAGUUAGGCACUGACUACAUUCGCUUUACUGAGUUUGUGGAGCAGUAUACCGGACAUGUACAGCAGGAGUGCCACCCUUCCCAGCAGGGCCAGACAGGACUGCACGGGAUUUACCUUCGUGCCUUCUGUACAGGACUAGACUCGGUGCUGCAGCCCUACAGGCAGGCACUCCUUGACCUGGAGCAGGAGUUCUUGGCAGACCCGCACCUCUCUGUCUCUCACGUCAACUACUCCUUGGAUCAGUUUCAGCUGCUGUUCCCAUCUGUUAUGGUGGUGGUUGAACAAAUCAAGUCUCAAAAGAUCCAUGGUUGCCAGCUCCUGGAGACUGUCCAUAAACACAGCUGUGGAGGACUUCCACCAGUUCGCAGUGCACUGGAGAAGAUCCUGGCAGUAUGUCACGGUGUGAUGUACAAGCAGCUGUCUGCAUGGAUGCUACAUGGGCUGUUACUAGACAAGUAUGAGGAGUUCUUUAUUAAGCAAGGGCCUUCCUCUGGCAAUGUGGGCACUCAGCCUGAGGAGGAAGAAGAGGAGGAUCUGGGAAUCCGAGGCUUGACUGGGAAGCAGCUCAAGGAACUUCAGGAUCUGCGAUUAAUUGAAGAGGAGAACAUGUUGGCCAUGUCUGUGAAGCAGUUUUCAUUACGAGCUGAGAUGCUGCCCUCAUACAUUCCAGUGAGAGUGGCAGAGAAGAUCUUGUUUGUGGGUGAAUCUGUGCAGAUGUUCGAGAAUCAAAACGUGAAUCACACUCGUGCAGGGUCCAUUUUAAAGAACCAGGAAGAUGCCUUUGCUGCAGAGCUGCACAUGCUCAAACAACAGCCCCUUUUCAAUCUAGUGGAUUUUGAAAAUCUAAUUGAUAGGAUCAGAAGUACAGUGGCUGAGCAUCUAUGGAAGUUGGUGGUGGAAGAGGCAGGACUUCUGGGACAACUUAAGAUAAUCAAAGAUUUCUACCUGCUGGGUCGAGGUGAACUGUUUCAGGCUUUCAUCGACAGCGCACAGCAUUUAUUAAAGACUCCACCAACGGCAGUCACUGAGCACGAUGUCAAUGUAACGUUCCAGAAAUCAGCACACAGGGUAUUAUUGGAUGAUGACAAUCUUCUCCCACUCCUGCACCUCACUGUGGAAUAUCACGGGAAAGACCCCAAAGAUUCAACACAGAGCCGCGACGCGUCAUCUUCCCCUCGUGAAGCCCCUACUUCUGGCUGGUCUGCCCUGGGACUGUCGUAUAAAGUGCAAUGGCCUCUGCACAUCCUGUUUACCCCUGCAGUGCUGGAAAAGUAUAACAUUGUAUUCAAGUACUUGCUGAGUGUGCGGAGGGUGCAGGCAGAACUGCAACACUGCUGGGCAGUGCAAAUGCAGCGGAAGCACCUCAAGUCCAACAAGACGGAUGCAGUCAAGUGGAGACUGAGGAACCAUAUGGCUUUCCUUGUGGACAACCUACAAUACUACCUACAGGUGGAUGUCCUCGAGUCUCAGUUUUCACAACUCCUGCAGCAAAUAAAUUCUAUACGAGAUUUUGAAAGCGUCCGACUGGCUCACGAUCACUUCCUGAGUAACCUACUGGCCCAGUCGUUCAUCCUGCUCAAACCAGUGUUCCAUUGUCUGAAUGAGAUCCUGGAAUUGUGCCAUAACUUCUGCUCUCUGGUUAGUCAGAAUCCAGGACCGUUGGAUGACAGGGGUGCACCACAACUGGACCUCUUGGUAACGGGUUUCAGUCGGCAGUCAUCCCUCCUCUUCAAGAUCCUGUCAAGCGUUCGUAAUCAUCAGAUCAACUCUGACUUGGCCCAGCUACUCCUACGACUGGACUACAACAAGUACUACACACAUUCUGGAGGCACGUUAGGAAGUUUUAGCAUCUGACCUGUCUUGGGUCCACUGGUUCCUCACCUUCACCGGUCUCUGGUGUUGUUGACCCAUCUGCGGUUCAAGGUUGCAUGUGUGACCCUGCUAGCUAUAUCUGCCCCUCCUGCAUCCAUCCUUGGGAAAGCAACUGUAUGAAGCCUUCACAGAGAACUUGGGAUCGCACUGCAGUCUGGGCUUAUUUUCAGUCUACCAGGGAAGAGUUUCAUGAAUGAUUUGUUGCCCUGUCACCUGAUUCCACUCUUGUUGACACAUUAAAUUAAUUCAGUGUAGGAGUUAUGGUUCCCUGAAAUUCUACAAACUCGCUGCACAGUCUGAACACUCUCUGUUCCCUGCCCUGGCUCCUACUAUCAUCUGACCACCAAACCUCAAAGGAGGGGCACUGACUGGUGGGAUAAGAAAGGUUCAGGGUGAUUAGAACAACGAUAAAGAUCAAUUCAUACCAGAGUAAUGGACUUCUUUAAGAACUGCUAUUGGAUAGGCAGAGGUUCUAAAAAAAAAAAAAUUGCUUUUGAAAGUUCAGAUGCUUUUCCCAAAACUGGUCCAAAAGCCACAAUUAACUGGGGAUAUCCUUCCCUGCCUUAGGUCUGGGUUUAUCAAUGUCAGUACCUCGUGGUGCUUCAAGCAAAGUUGCAAGUUCAAGUUUAAUUCUCUUUCAACAAUGCACAUGUAUACAGCUAAAUGAAACGUUGAUCUUCUAGAUUCCAAUCAGUACUAAAUCCUCUGUGCCUACCAAAAGGAAGAAACUGUUUUUCAUUCUUUUACCCCUCAUCCCAAUUUUCUUAGUGGAACUCAAUAAAAUGAAACCCAUGCUGCUGUGUGAGUGUCUUUGUUAAACAGGUCAGUACACAAACAGUCUGCUUUUAUCACUGGUACAGACUAAUCCCACUUCAAUUACUGUAAGGGAGGAGAGAAAGCAGCGCGCCGCACGUGCACAGCCCUCUGGUGAAAAUGAUAUCGUAUCCGUUAAGUAGGGGCUGUGGACAAUUCUGAUUUGUUGGAGACAGCUGUGAAAGCACAGAGGAACAUGUAGAAAAAUUUCUGAAACGCUCGUUGGCUGCUGUCGUUACUGCAUGGUCGGGAAUGUUUCAGAGGGAAGGCCUCAAAAUCCCCGGCUUUGCCUGCUGUUGGCGACCGAGAUGGAGGUCGAAUCGCUCGGAUAGAGAUGGCGCUCAGUACUCGGUGUCGGAGAGCUGAUCAGAGCUCGAAGUUUUCGGAUGACUCAGAGUCAGACUGUGGUCGGGCAUGGCAGGGAGAGUUUUUCUUCCUUCUCCCGUCUGCGUGAGAUGUGGGACAUUUGAGAGACUUUGAACUUUUACUGUGCUCAUGGACUUCUUCAUCAAGUUAUGGUAUUGUUGCACUGUUGUAACUAUAUGUUAUAAUUAUGUGGCUUUGUUAGUUUUUUUCAGUCUUGGUCUGUCCUGUGUUUUGUGAUAUCACACCAGAGGAAAUAAUGUAUUAUUUCUUAAUGCAUGCAUUACUAAAUGACAAUAAAAGAGGACUGCGUGUCUUCAUA